AUGGCCGUGAGGAGGGCAGGGGCGGGGCCGGUACGCGUCGCGCGGCAGCCGGGACGAGCAGGCGCUGCCAUGGCGACGGAGGAGCAGGGCCGGGACGCGGCCCUGGAGAAGGGCCCGGAUGGGGCCCGGGAUGAGGCUGCGGUCGGCACUGAGGAGACGGUGAAGAUCAUCUGCCUGGGCGACAGCGCCGUGGGGAAGUCCAAGUUGCUGGAGCGGUUCCUGCUCGAUGGCUUCCGCCCUCAGCAGCUGUCCACGUUCGCCCUGACGCUGUACCGGCACCGCGCCCGCGUGGGAGGGCAGGAGGUCCUAGUGGACUUCUGGGACACGGCAGGCCAGGAACGGUUCCAGAGCAUGCAUGCCUCCUACUACCACCAGGCCCAUGCCUGCAUCAUGGUGUUUGAUGUGCAGCGGAAAGUCACCUACAAGAACCUGAACAGCUGGUACAAGGAGCUGAGGGAAUUCCGCCCAGAGAUUCCAUGCAUUGUAGUGGCCAACAAGAUUGAUGCGGAUAUGAAGGUGACCCAGAAAAGCUUCAAUUUUGCCCGGAAGUUCAGUUUGCCCUUUUACUUUGUGUCUGCUGCCGAUGGCACCAACGUGGUGAAGCUCUUCAAUGACGCCAUCAGACUGGCCGUGACUUACAAACAGCACUCGGGAGACUUCAUGGACGAGGUCCUGCGGGAGCUGGAGACCUUUGACCUGCAGAAGACAAGCAAGGAUUUGUUGGAUAAAGGGAAGAGCUGCACUGAAGAGGAGCCCUCAUCUGCCUAG